UCACUCCUGAGACAAAAGACCGAGGAAAGAGAGAGAUUUAGCCGAAAAUGGCAGCCAUUGGGUUCAAGUUUCUUUGGGCUCUUCUUGGUCUAUACAUCUUGAAUCAAGGAUAUGCUAAAAAAUGUGGGCCAUCAGAUAUAAGAGUGACCCAAUCCAAGACUGGUGAAGUUGUAGAAGGGCAAUCCCAGUUCGAGGUGACCAUCAGCAACACAUGUGCAUGCCCUCAGUCGAAUGUCAAGAUUGGAUGCUCGGGUUUCAGUAGUGUCGGGCCAUCCCCUAAUCCUUCGGUCUUUCGGAUGUUGGACGACUCGACAUGCAUCGUCAACGACGGCAAGCCUAUCGCUAACGGGUCCCCUGUCAAAUUCACUUAUGCAUUUGCUACCCCUUCUGAUUUGCCUGUGGUGGGGGCCGAUCCAUCGUGUUAAGGCA